GGCUCCGCCCCCCUUGUGGAGCCUGACCCCGCCCCGCACGCGCGGCUCGCGGGCCGACAAAGCGCGAAGUCAGCAGGCCGCUGCUGCUCGAGGCUGCUUCCGUGGGGCGGCGGCGGCUCGCUGCGGGCAGUGUGGAGCCUCAAAAUGUUAAAGACGAUGGACACGAAAAAACUGAUUGGUAAAUCCCUUCAGCCAGCAAGACCUGCACGCCACCUGUCUUCACAGCAUGCCUCAACAAUUACUUUCAACUUCCAAGCUGAAUUUCCAUGCAGCACUCAAGUAUGUUUACAUAGCGGAGUUAGCUGGUGGUAUGAGGCUACUGGAAUGCAGGCCUUAAAUCAAACUGUGAUCCCUAGUCCGCUAGAGUGGCGGGAGUCUGAAACCAAGAAAGAAAGAAUUAAAUACAGCAGAGAUUUCCUCUUAAAGCUUUCAAGUGUUUCACUCUCUCAAAAGAAGCCGGAAUUUCUUCCUGAUCAUCCUGUUGUACUUGAAAAACCAGUAAUCCUAGAAGUCUGAUGAUUAGAGCAUCUUUCUUCAACCAAAAGAUGUUAUUGGUAAUGGUCCUGAAAGUGUCAAUUUGCCUCAGCAACCUGGGACUAUCUGUACCAUUAAAGUAGGCUCUGAAAUUAUUCACAUGUUAUUUAGACACUGAUUAUAUUGUCUUCUCCAGAGAAGACAAGUGGUUUCAAUUUUUGUGUAUGUUCUAAAUUCAGCUCUUUCAUCAAUUCAAGGCUAUAAAAAAAUCUACUGUACCUUAUUUCAUAGUAAUAGUGCUGUAAUUUAUAUGGCAGCCUGUUUGAAAAAAUUGUAAUAAUUUGAGAUUACUAGGGCCCAGACUGCAAAUUUCAGACCACGUGAGCUAAAUUCUGUCCCUUCUGCAGCAUCACUUACUGUUUCCAAUUAGCUGCAUCUGGCAACAGAGCAUGAGUGAAUCAUAAAAUAUCAGGGUUGGAAUAGACCUCAGGAGGUAAUCUAGUCCAACCCGCUACUCAAAAGCAGGACCAAUCCCCAAUUUUUGCCCUAGAUCCCUAAAUAGCCACCUCAAGGAUUGAGCUCACAAGCCUGGGUUCAGCAUGCUCAAACCACUGAGCUAUCCCUCCCCUGAGACAAAGGGCCUGGUUAUGUUUGCGAAACCUUUACUGUUGUAGCUGCUAGAACAGUUAAACAACAAAUUCAGCCAAUUUAAACACAUUUUAUUAAAAAACAAUGGCCCCAAUUCUGCAAGCUGUUCUAUCUGGUGGGACCCUCUUGGGAGCCUCACUGACUUCCAUGGCACUCCACACUGCAGAGCUCAUUGUAGGAUUGGGGCCUAUAUAUAUGGAAUAUUGAACAGCUGCCACUCUACCUUUUCACUGAAAACUGAGUUAGAGGUCCAACAGAGCCACAGACUGCUGCUGAAAUGGCAGAUUGCCAUUAAAACUCUGAGGGCUAGAUUCACAAAAGGACUUAGGCACCUAAUUGUCAUUUUAGGUGCUUAAAUCCCAGAAUCAGGCCACACUAGGAUUCACAAAAUCCCCAUUCAGGUGCUGCCAAACCCUGUAGAUACCUAAACUCGCUCCAUACCUAAAUAUUUGCAGUAGAAAUUCUCUAGGUGCCUAUGUUUCUGAGCAUGUUUGCUAUAGCCCCACUGCCAGACAGCCAAGUCCUAGCGGGAAGCAUGAACUGGGAGAAGACAGGUGUUCCUCCACCUAACUCUCCUGCGGGACUUGAUCUGAUAAGUGUGGUCUGAGCUUGCCUACCCAAAUGUGUCCUCAUAAGUGUGCUUGCUCAAAAUGGCUGGUGAGAGCAAACUGCCUCAAAAUUUUUAGCCCACUGGUUAGAGUACUCAUCUGAGAUGUAGGCAAGCCCAUUCCACAGUCCCCCAGCUGAGGGGAUUUGAACAAACUAACCCCUAGACUAUGGGGCAUUUUGAUGUAGGGUUCUUUCUGCCUCUCCUGUUGAAGCUGUUACACAGUGGCUAAAUAAUUUUUGAAAAUAUAAUUAGAGCAGGGGGGACUAGAUCAUGGGUUUCCCCCAUGAAUGCACUAAUCACCAGGCUACAGAGCCAUUGUCUCUCCUCUUCUCCUGCACUCAAUAAUUUCAUUAUUUAUCCAUAGUGGAACAGCUUCACCAGGAGAGACUGAGGGAGCCUCAGGUCAGACUAUACCUUAGCCUAGUCAGUAGGGCACUACCCUGUUCAAAUCCUUUCCCCUCAUUGGUGGGUGGGGGCUUGAAUCAAGGACCUCCCACAUCCCAGGCGAGUACCCUAACCACUGGGCUAAAAGUUACAAGGGAGGCCCUCUUCUCCACAGUUCCUUGCAGAUACAGCCUCGGUGCCUAAUUCCAGCAGAGGGUUUGCAGCUGAGAAUCAUGAGCUGAGGGAGGUAUCUCCCAGCUGGCUGGACGUAGGCGCCUAUCUCCGAGAUAGCAAUGGGGCUUAGGACACACCCAUCACCUUAGCUAGUUUAGGUACCUCUCUGCCUAGCAUGGUGGUCUUUGUGAAUCAUAGUCUAAGGAGCCUUUCUUUCCCCAUUUGUUGUAUAGGGAGCCUAGGUGCCUAAAUCGGGCUUUGGGAAUCCCAGUGAUUUUUUAGGUUUCUACAGGUUAGGGGUGGUGAUGCUCAGUGUUGGUAUGCCUAAAUUUCUUUGUGAAUGUAGCCCUCACAUCCCAUCCCCUUCCCUCAGCUUUCCUGUAUUUCAUAUCUACAGGGACCCUUAUUAUCUUUGUCCUCCACAUCAACGUUUCCCCUCCUAUGCAUUUAUUAUUGACAGUAUCAAGUUAUAGGAUGUGUGCUGGUCUUUCAGCUGGUUGUUAAUAAUGCUAGCUCUCUGCCAGUAUGCUGUAAUGCUUCAUGCUCCACUUUGAAGAUGCCACCGCCUGGUAUUGGGGUUUAUUUUGAUAUCAAAAAGGUCUUGGUGAAAUCAACUAUAUGUGUUUAAAACAGAAAGCUUCCUUUGAAACAAAGCAGAAUCUGCAAUGAUUUAAAUAACAGGCCCUUCUGUUACCCUUCACGCAUUGAAGUUUUCCCAUGGGGAUACAUUAUAAAAUCUGUUGACUCAUAAAAGGAAUUUGUAUGUUCUUAAAAUAACAUUCGACUUCUGAAUUUCAGUAAAGAAUUCUCAAAGUUAAAAACAUACUAUAAAUACGAUAUAUAAUUAUAAUUUUUAAAAAAAUAACUGCAGCAGGGGGGACUGGAUCCUGGACCCUUGAAUGUGCUAAUCACUAGGCUACUGAGUCAUUGUCUCUUCCCCUCCCCCCCCACUCAAUAAUUUCAUUGUUUAUCCACAGUGGAACAGCUUAACUAUAUGUAUAAAAUGUGCAUGAGCACUUUUUUCCAAAAUGAGGAAUUUGUAAUUUAAUGUAACACAGUAUACUCCUGGAAAAUAAGCUUACAUUAAGAGUUCUGGGUCAUAUCCUCUGCUCCUGUAAAUAUGUGUAGCUCAACAGACUUCUGUGAUGCUAUGCCUAGUCCCAGUAGCUGUAGACCUGGCCCUAAAUAUGAAUAAUCUAUACACAAUUUGUUUUGAAAGGAUCAGUAUUAGAACUUCAAUCCUUUGAACUGCUACCCUUUAUUUUUACAAAGGAUAAUUAUACCUUUAUUUUAGCAUUUUCUCCCCACAUUGUUAUAUAUUUGCGCCACAUUAUGGCCCAAAGUCAGAAAGAUAAUAAGCACAUGUCUAUUAUGAGUUUAUGAGACGUCCCUUUUAAGUCACUCUUUUGAAUUCUCAGUUAUGCUCAGGCCUCAUUAUACCAAGUUGUGCAGUAUAAAGGAUCCAUAAAGAAAACUACACCUGCACUCACUUUAAGGUCCCUUUAUGCUGUCAGGUGUUAAGAGACCCCAGCAUGACUGAGAAUCAGGCCUAAUGGCCUAUUUCUAAACUCAUGUGGUUGAAGUGAGGCACAGGUUUCAGCACCUUGAAUCAGAACCCUUAUUCCUACUUUUAGGAGCUUACAACAUAACUACAUUCUGAACUUCCAACUACAGCCUGAAAAUGGGCCAGAAACUAUGUUGUUACCAGUCUUCCUUCAGCAAAUUUUGCUGUACAUGUUUUUAUAACCAAUUUUGAAAGCUGGUGGAUAUAUUUAAAUACAAGAAGCUUUUUUAUAAGGUAUACAUUGGGGAAGAGGGAAAUUUUCAGGUCACUGGGCGUCACCCCAGAAGACAUCUGAAGGUAAGUGAGGAGGGCCUGUUGAUUUUCAAACUUUGAGGAAAAUUUGUCAAAUAAUAGUUACUCCUGCUCCAAAUGAAAACCUAUAUUGAAGAUGUACAUGAUAAAAUGUGUGUUUUUAACUCUUUGCUGUGAAUUAUGGAUGGGGUGUCCUCUGGCUAUUAAGCCUUGUCUUUGAAUUUCCUGGAUAUUUUAUUUAUGUAUUUUGAGAGUGUGUGUUUGCAAUCAGCAUGUAAACAUCUUUUACAGUUUUUUGACCUUUAAACUGAGAUAGAAAUGAUUCAUUUCAUAUGUUGGAUAAUAGCUUUGAAAGCACUGCAUUCUCAAAUAUAAACAUCUGUGUAAUCAAAGAU